GCAAUAAUAAGCAAAAUGGAAUUUUCCCCCUUUUGUGUCCUCCAGGAUGACGAUGAACAGAAGAUGCUGAUGCUGCGCAAGGCCUUCCAGAUGUUCGACACGACCAAGUCGGGCUCCAUCGAGACGAUGAAGAUCUCCACCAUCCUCAACACGCUGGGGCUGCUGUUCGACGACGGCGAACUCCAGAAUGUCAUCUCCGAGGUCGACUCAAACAACCAGGGAAAAGUCGACUUUGACGGCUUCUGCGAGAUCGCGGCGCACUUCCUCGAGGAGGAGGACAGCGAGGCGAUGCAGCAGGAGCUCAAGGAGGCCUUCAGGCUGUACGACAGGGAGGGCAACGGCUACAUCACCACCAAGACGCUCAAGGAGAUCCUGGCCGCCCUGGACGACAAGCUCAACAACGACGACCUGGACGGCAUCAUUCAGGAGAUCGACACUGACGGAUCGGGGACGGUCGACUUUGAUGAGUUCAUGGAGAUGAUGACGGGCGAGUAAGCAGACCUCCCGGGCCAGGCCGCACUCUCAUUCCUCCUCAGGUCCGCGCCGUUGUGAACCGGAAGUGGUCCGCGCCGCUGUGAAUACCGGAAGUGGUCCGCGGCCGCACCGGGCCGCUAGUGCUGUAGGGCCCACUAGGAGGGCCGCCCAGCACCGAGCGCCGCAAAUAGAACAUAUUUAUGUCCGCCCGACCAUCCCGGCGGCCCAACAGCCAACAGCCAUAAACCGACUGACCUUUAUAUACAGAAAAUGGUAUAUUUUAUUUCUUGCAAGUGACCAUGGUUCUGAAAUAAACAAAGAUGGAUAUUUUCGUAUGUUUA